AUGUGGACUGCAGUUAUACCCUUGACUCUUGCCCUUGUAGGCCAGGUUGCUGGUCAGACAGUAUACCUGGCUGGAGACUCUACCACGGCUCCUGGGGGCGGUGGCAAAGGCACAGAAGGCUGGGGCCAAUACCUACACUACUCUAUGAAGAUCCCCGUCGUCAACAAGGCAUUCGCUGGCCGUUCAGCCCGCAGCUUCACCCGCGAAGGUCGAUUCGACGAGAUCGGAAAGCUGCUCAAGAAAGGCGACUUUGUAGUCAUUGAAUUCGGCCACAACGAUGGUACAAGCAACCCCGACAACGGACGCUCCGAUUGCCCUGGCAGCGGCACCGAGACUUGCAACUACACCUACAACGGUUCCACAGAGCUCGUCCACACCUUCCCCUACUACCUCACCCAAGCAGCAACCUCCUUCGUCUCCAAAGGCGCCCACGUCCUCAUUUCCUCCCAAACCCCCAACAACCCGGACGAAAGCGGCAUCUUUGUAUCUUCACCCUCUCGCUUCGUCUCAUUCGCCAAAACAGCUGCUACAAAUGCCAAAGUGGAUUUUGUGGAUCAUAGUGCGUAUAGCUAUGCGGCUUACAAGGGUUUGCCUGUGAGUGUUGUGGAUAGCUAUUUUCCGAAUGAUCAUACGCAUACGAGCCCGCAGGGAGCGGAGUUGGUGGCAAAGGCUUUUGUGAACGGGCUGGUUUGUGGUGGGAGUUUGUUGGGGGGUUAUGUUAAGAAUGAUACUGCUGCCAUUGAAAGAACAUGCUUGAAGUAA